GAACUGGUCGCGUUUAUUGAAGGUGGUGCCGAAGUUAUCCGAGGACUUCACGAAAACAUCACCAUGAACGCCUCGCUUUCUUAUGAUCCUGAUUUAGGAACUAGAAAUAAUUCAGGAAUGAACUUUACCUGGCAUUUCGGCCAGAUCAAAGGAAACAAUUAUUCAUUUCCGCUGCCUAGCCUAAGUGGUAUAUCCGUUCAAUAUUCCGCGGAUAAAGGUUUCGGACCGGUCGUCAUCUUCGCCAAGACACCCCUCUUGCUGAAUCAGACCUACAUUGCAAAGUUAGUCGUCACCAAAGACUAUCGAACAUCAAGUGUGUUUCAAGUUAUUAGAUUGCAGAAUGGACAACCACCUAUAGUUUCGCAAAGGUACACUUUAGACAGUAAUUCUCAACCUUAAUUUUUUUGUUGUGCCCGUAUCUCUAGCUGUCACUGAUUAUCAAUAAGCCGGGCAGUAGAAAUGUCCUACUUGACGCAGUAAAUGUGAGUGAUAAAAUUGGUGCAGAAAACGGUAUGCAUAUGUAUGCAAAUGUAAGUUGAGGGAAGGUUUGUAACAUUUAUUGCCAAGGAAUGCGUGGUUCAGCCUCUUUUUCUCGGACACUCCAGGGCAUAUUCAGUGGGUGGCGAGAAGAAGAGCGCGACGUUCCGAGCAUUCACUCGCUCCUCUCCGUGGAUAUUUUAAUCUAACUAAGGGAAACUACAGUAAAAUCUGGGGCGAAAGCUAGUCUCACAUUGUAAUAACAAUUCAGAAAUAAGAAUAAAAACUUAGUCCGGAAAUCUCACUAUUCGCACUAUUUUUUAUGGAGUCCAUCUAGUCUCGAGAUAGUCUAUCACACCCACUGUUGCAUCAACGCAAUACCAACUCACAAGUGUAAACUAUUGUGACAAAGAUUAUUAACAUGCCCUACAAUUCAUGCAUUUCUUUUUUAUAUUUAGCUGUCUUUUAAAUUGUGGAGCUCAAACAAGUCCGUCAGUUAGUUUGAGUAUCAAGUCACAGUGCCAAGGUUCUCAGUGCUCCAAAAUAGUCUCCUACGAAUGGACGCUCUAUGAACGGAACAAGUCCGCCUCAAAUACUGAUCCAAUAUGGCGAAAGGUGAAUAUAUUGCAAAGCAUUACAACUACGCCGCUAAACUCAAGUGAUAUUGCCAUAAAAGAAAACUCGUUGGAUGGGAGAAAGAACUAUCGAUUGGUGUUGUUUGUCAGAACUAAGGACGGUAUUGAAGGAUUAAGUGCUUAUAACAUUGUUACCGCUACGCCCCCUUCAGGAGGAAGGUGCGUGAUCAUUCCGUCCAGCGGCAUCUCGUUUGAGACUGAUUUCAACCUGCGCUGCAGCGACUGGGUCAGUGACGCUACCCCUCUGACGUAUCAGUUUCAAUAUCGACUGGACAACGGUCUGUACAGUAUGGUAUACUACGGAGUAAAUAACACCGUUAUUUCAUGGCUACCCCCUGGAAACCGAUCACAUAACUUCAAAGUCGAGAUUCUUGCUACUGUAACUAACAGUUAUGGAGCGUCAGCACCGACUGUUAAUAUUUCUGUCCGGGUGAGUUCAUAGCUUGUUUCGCCAUGAAUCCUUAGACAGUUAAGUCCUAGGUCGAGUUGUUCACAGUCUCGUUAACCCUAAUCCUGAACAAAACCAUUUAAGUUGUCAUGUUAACAAACCCUAAGUCUGACCUAAUUGAUUUUCAAACAACUUGAUCCUGUUUAUUUCCUAAUAAAGAUCAAGUACCAGUCAAAAUCUACCUGGGAACCGCUAAUAAUCACACUGCACACCGUUCACGGUUAAGUCAGCGGUAUUUUAAAGGAGCCCACAACCACAUCACCCCAGGAGUCAUAGAAAGGUCUAGUGGUCUAGUUACAUCAUUAUAACUUAUUAUUAUAGCUUGCGCAUUUGCGUCUGACUCACCCCAUGUAAGGUAAUCCAAGAGUGUCUUGUAUUCUGGAUUACACGCUAUGGAUUCCGGAUUCCAGAUUCCAGGUACCGGAUUUCAGAUUCUUUGUUAAUGGGUAUUGGAAUCGGACUUCAAUCGUUGAUGGAAUUUCGGGUUUCUUAAGCUGUAUUCCGCCCUGCUCGCUUCGCUCGCCAAUUUUUGGUGCCGUUUCACUCCUUUGUCAACUUUUCUCUUCAGGGGAGCCUGGUCCCAGGCUAAGGAUUCCGGAUUCGUUAAGGAAAACAAAAAUCAUGGAAUCCGGAUUCCCUUAAAAGUGUCGAUCCGACCGUCUGUCAUACUGUAUUUUUUUAAUAUCGAUGAUAGACACUGGGAGUAAAACUGAGACAAAGCAAAAUGUUAAGUCAUUUGUGGGCCAUGGAAAGAAAUAAGAACAAGUUCUUCGCGAAAGUUCUCCCCUUCUUCCUAAUUACUCAGCAAAGUCGUGUGAGCUGGAAAGUGAUUUUGGACCGUGACUAGGCGCUUCGAGCACAGCCGAAACUGCGUGGUGUAGGGAAGGGAAUUAAAUCAGGAGGCUCUCCCUCCCCUUCCAUUGCCUUGCCCCCCCCCCCCCCCCUUUUGCCUGUUUGCUUUUACUUAGUCACGCCUUCUCCUCAUCAUGUUUCCCAGGCAACUAGAAACAUUUCAACAGGCUAAGGCAACGUGAUUCGUUUGUUGUUGUCGCAGGUUGAACCAUCGCAACACUUGAGCCCAGCGAACUUUACCAGUGUCUUGACAGCUAAUGAUAGCUUUUUAAAUCAAGUGAUAGAAGAUGGUGAUCUGAACAAGGCAGCACAAAUAUCAAAUACAAUUCUAGAAGCGAUUUCGCAGGAUUCUUCCCUCAGUACAGAGGAAAAAACGAAGGUAAUAGUUUUUAAAAAUAAUGUUAUAAGGAUCCGCUCAAUUCUGAUUUGAAAAAUACCGGAACCGACGUUUAGAAACUUUCCAGUAGUAAUUUAUGUCCUCUUUGACUGAAAUUCAUGUGGCCUUUAAGAGCCUCUUUGGAUUGAAACACCCUAUAAAAGAAAUUAACGGAGUCUCGAGAAAAGGACUACAGUUAAUGCUAACUCAAUCUAAAGCAAUUAUUCAUCCAGCCACGAUGUUGCCAAGUAGUUUAGUGCAAAUAUACCCUCACACGGUUUUUUAAACUUUUUACUGGGGCCAGUUAGUGGAAAUUUGUCAUCCCGGCUUGGAAGAACGCCGUGAAAUCAAUCAGUUAAGCUUCCAACGCCUUUAAACUUGGUAAGAUUAUUAAUUUCAUUUACGGCGCUCUUUCCAGCAGUGUCAAUGGACAUUCGCUUACUGGUUUUUAUCUGAACUUAAAAACACCGUGUAAGGGUCGAUUGAUUCGUGUUAAAGUGAUAUCAGUUUUGUUACUUAUCAUAGAUUCAGGAACUGAUUGUGGGCAAAAUUGCCGCAUUGCAAGUUAAGAGUCUGCCAGACCUGCUGCAGUCCUCUUCUGUGAUUGGCUCAGCCAUUCAGGACACUGAAACAACAUCUGUAAAAUCUCUGGUGAGGUAUAAUUUACCCAUGAAGUCGCCAUAAUCGCCCUGCUAAAACAGGGCAGGUCAAAGUAUGUUUUUAUAACUUUUGCUAUUUAUUUCGUCACAUCAUGCACAGUAUAAAACGUUUGAAUUCCAGGCGCCACUCCCUUCUCCUUCGCGCUGUUUCUGCCAUCAGCUUCAUGUUCAAAAGUAAUAAGUGCUUAAUGGCUACGAUUCCUUAUUCGGUUUCUCCCUGAAUUUUUAUUGUGUUGUUCUCAACUUUUCCAGCAAUCUAUGAGCAAAGCUUCCUUUUGUCUUCUCCUUAAUCGAGAAGGAGAAAAAGAGGCUCUGGCUGAAUCGUAUUAAGCCUUUGAAGUCAUCGUAGCCCAAACUUUUGAACUGGUCAAUCUUAUCUUCUCUCGUCAAACUGGUUUUUCAACCACGAGCAUUUUUAUAUUGAUAUAACGAUGAUCAUAAAUGAGCCCGCUGUACUAGACGCUCGUCUAUUGGGCGUGGGAACUGUACCCUAGCAACAUGCAAGACAUCUUCAACAAAGUUCUUACUCGAUUUCAUUGUUGGCCCCAGACCUCACUCUUUUGACACCGUGACGUUGUCAUGCGCUAGAAAGAAGGGCACUGCAGGGGUGGAGAAUGAAUCGAUUUUUGCAGAGUCUUUCUUGAGUAUAACAAAAUCAAACAAGCAAAAGAAACGCUCUGCUCGCAGGGUGCUUUUCCAGGUGAAGAAUUCACAACAAUUCGCAACAUCGUGGAAGCGGUAAUUUGUUAGCAGUCCGUUAGAAAACUCGCAGUGACAUUUCUUUCUCUGAACGUUCGCUUUUGUCAGAAAUUUGCCCUACCUGCUAUUGACUCCAUGGCUUCACUGCUCAGGAAUGCUGCCCAGCAGAAACAAACGGACAACAUACCGCUGAUCACCCCGUCAGCAGAAAACUUAGGCUCAUGCCUCAACAACGUACUGAAGAGUGCAUCAAUGGUCGCAUCAGGAAAACUUGGGUCCAGUCCUCAAGAACAGGUAUUUAUUUCCGUAGUCCAUUACUAGCUGGCGCAGAUAGACACGUGGGAAAUCUCAAUGCAAUUCCCCAGCAAAUGCAAUAAUGGUGUUAAUGCUUGCCUGGUAUCCUGUGGCUGUUAUACACACAUAAUCAGGAGCCUAUGAUUGAAAGUUUGUUCUUCUAAGAUCGCUGUCUUGCUCAAGUUUUUUACCACUCAUCUGUUGUAAUUUAAUGAUUUAUUAUUACUUCGGCGGAGCGCGAAGUAAAGGAUUCGCGACGCUCAGGAACGUUCCAAAGUUGCUUUUUUUCGCCACUGCGACCCAAGGUAACAGAUUUAAAAAAUAGCUGUAAGUUAUGCACGAGCUAAAGGUACAAGUUUUCUUAGAGAUACUUGUUCUUAUUUAUUAUUCUGGCUAGAAAUAUUGACUGCAAAAGUAUUUCACAGAAAACAUUGAAUCAAUUUGGGCUAGAAGCUUCAAAAUUUGAGCUAAAAUCGAGAUACAAGAGCAAUUUUCAGGGCGUCUCACUGCGCAGACGAGUUGCUUCGGAUAUGUCAAUCGCACCAUAAUUAUGUUUCUCCAAAGUGCGUUUCAGUUUGGCUUUUUAUCCUGGAAACCUUGUCUUUUUCUCCUGGAAUCUAGAUUGGAAUUCGUUAUACACCGUGGAAAAAACAAAUUUAUUAGAUUGCCGGUUAAGUUCCACGCCGAUAGAUCAAAAUUUCAGUUCUGCACUACUACCACCCGAAGUAAGCUUAUAAUAAUUUUCACGCGAACUGUACUGCCGUGUUUGUGCUUUUUUUUUUCUAAAUCCAGCGGCCGAAAUAAUGCUAAGUAUGCUUUUCAAUACACUUUUAAAGAUAACACCACAAAAUACGCAAAAAAGAAGAAGAAGACUAAAGAAAGAACACAGUAAGGACCUUCACGACGAUAUUCGCAGAGCUACCCAUCCGGUUCCUAACCUCGCCCGACAGGGCUUAACUUGAGUGGCGCGACUAAAAAACCGAGUUUAGCGAGAGUUAUUGCGAGAUACGUAUUUUUAGUUUAUGUUGCGAUCUUGUACAUUAAUUAUCCUCGGUGGAGGAAAGGGGAAGGAUGGAAGCGAAAAGGGGAAAGAGCUGAAGGAGAGAAACGCCUGACACGGAUGCUUUUACUGGAGCCUUCCACCCCCACACAGCGUGAUUCGAUACCAUCCAAUCAAAAUCACUUCCGGCCAUUGGGUUGUCAGCUUCACGUGUCAAAAAGCUCGCCUAAAAUAAAUCUCACCUUACGGUCUGGCCGAGCUCCGGUGCUUGUGUUGCUACGAUUUCGCUUUUUUCUGAAACCUCCAAUGAGGAGUUUUCGAAUACUUGUAAUGUAAAACCUGCCGUUUUUGAGGAAUUAUAUCAUGUUUUAGGAAUUGUGCUAGCGUAAGAUCGCCAACUCUCUGUAAAUAAAUGUGUGCCCGGAAAAUUGUGAAUUGCUUUUGUUUACAGAGUUACAUCAGGCGCUUGUCUGGCAGCUAAAAAGCCGAUUUUAUUCCUCGUAUUCUCGGGUGGUUGAAAGGAGCUGCAAGAAUAAAUAGGAAGGUGCGAUGGUGAAACACCUAUAUGCCUAAAAAUUAUCAAGCAGCAGCAAAUUCCACCACUACACAGAGAGCUCGUGAAAGCUGUUACCAGUUCAAUAAGAAGUGAGAGCCUAUAGCAAAGGUCAAUCCCGUUGGCGAAAUAUGAUGCCGCCCGCUUGAGCUUAAGACAUUUCAAAAGUGAGAAAAUUUUGGAAGAGGAAGUAAACGAAUUCCAAUCACGUACGCUAUCGUAACCGCCACAAGCAAAGUCAAUCUUUUUAAAAGCCUUGGUGCUGUCGGCUAUCUCAAUACAUGGCUACCUCGCUCUGUUUUCAUUUACAGUAACAAUACCCUUUUAACGGCAGGAUGUUGUAAAUCAGAACUUAGAUAUCUGAAACACUGAUAUGGUCUUCUUUGUCCCGGUCUUGUGAAACCAAUACUCGGACAUAGUUUCGGCAGAAGCUGGUAUAUGAGGCUUUUCCAUACUCCGAGUACAUCUUUCCGUUAAACUACGAGGCCUUGAAAACACAUUCUUGCUCGGGUUUCGCCGAUCGCUCUGCUAGUAUUUACUUGCGGUCGGUGUCGUCAGGGGGUAUUGUGUGUUAUCCAAUCACUGCCACAACCAGAUUUUGGAUGUGUCACACGAUUUGCUGAAUGGUUUUGUGUCAGGCCUUCCUUUCUCUUCUCCCCCUCCCGCCUCCCUCAUCUAAAAUCUCCUCUCCCCUAGUCCCUUAGGAAGGCCUGAUACUCAGGCUAGUUUCGUAAGGGAGUGUACUGAUGUUAGUUCAUAGUUACGUUGCUGGAGAAGGUGUGGAGUUAACUGUACAUUAGGGAAGUGUUGUUGUAGAGAAAAUAAAGGAAGUGGAACUGAGAUCCCACCAUAUGGUUAGUUGUCGUAAACGUAACCUAAGGUAAACUUAAAAACAAGUACAGUGGAACCUCUAUUCAGGGGACACCAUUGGGACCAAGGCAAGUGUAACCUGAAUAGAGAUGUCCCCUGGAUGGAGGUUUGGCUAAGGUUUGGGCGUCCGUGCGUGCAAAGCGCGCGAGUAGUGGGAACCCAUACCUAAAGGAAAAUGGGAACCUAUAGAUGUCAGAAAAAUUUGGUUCAAAAUUAUCAUGUUCUUGAACGGCCGCCACAAGAGCGAUUUUGGUGAAGUUGGCGAAAAUGGCGAAAAUGGUGAUCUAAUUUGAAUAUUUGGCAACCUCACGGAAAAUUGAGGCCAAAUUCCCAUUUUCGUGAGAUUUUCCAUUUUUGUUAACUUCGCGACUUUACGAGGAUUGCCCCUUGUGAUCUCAUUUAAACUUUCACCAACCCUCAGGCAAUUUUUUGGACAGAUUCACCCUUUUGCCAUUUUCGCUAAAUUCGUCAAUUUCGUUACUUCUAUAUAAGCCUUUAGCGAAUUUUAGCCAUUUUCGGCAAAUUUGCCAUCUCCUUCAAAAUCGCCUUUGCGAUUUCUCGAAAUAUUCGCCACUUUUUUGGGGGGACUCUUUGCCUCCUCAUUUGACUUGCAGGUAAGACCUUGGGGAUUUUUCUCUAUUUUGGUCAACAUCACCAUUUUCGUCAAAAUCACCACUUUCAAAGGGCCUCUUUGCCAUCUCAUUGAAAAUUUUGUUACGAAUUUGGCGAAUGUUCGCCAUAUUCGUGGACAAUUGCAAAUUCGCCAUUUUCGCCGAAUAUGUCACUUUCACCAAAAUCGCAACUCUUAAUGGGAACCCUUAGCUUUGUUAUAACUUAUUUGCCAAACUUGGCGACUUUUCGCCAUUUUUGCCGUUGGGCGCAUUUCUGUACAUGAGUGGGUGAAUCGGGCCCGAACGUUCUAAAAAUGAAAUAGUAAUUGAUAAACGGGCACUUCCUUCUUUAGGGAAAAAGUCUUGUGAAGGAUUCCAUCGGGAUCAUCAACAUUAUUGCAGAUGCCGUGUUAACAAUGAAAGUUGCAGAUGAAGAAGUGACUCAAAUCAAGACUGCAGAAUUGUCCAUGACAUUAGGACGCCAUACCCCAACUAAACUUCUUGGAUUAUCUAUUGAAGGAGGGGACGGUAGAUUUCUUUUACCAGAUGGAACAUUAGAUUCCAGUACCAGUAACACAACCUUCGUAGAUUCUCAAGUAAGUUUUCAUAAAUCCCCUUCCUUUUCAAAAAAUCCUCGAUUAGCUUUUCUCCUUUCGAAUGAGGACUGCCACCAAAUAAGCUAUGUAACCUGGCAGCUCGAGAGAUCAUCAGAGACAGAGGAGUUGCAAAGCCGCGCGGAGAAUAGAGAAGAGACACUUUGAUGCGUAGCCUUAAUCUGAAAUGAUUGUCCCUCCUGAUCUCCUCUAUUUGCUGUUCAAAAUAGAUUACACAUGAGCUACAGUUUGAUGACGGGUAAUGUGCCGCUAUUACUUUAAUUCUUUCAAAUUUCCACUUUUUUUUCUCAAGUGAAACGCCGAAAACAUUGCAUCGAGGCAGUUUGAGAAUUAAGUCUUUUGUUAUUUUCACCCACGUAAAGCUAAUCCGGAAUCUGGAUCCUGGACAUUUUUGCUUGUGGAGGUUUGGUCAGUUCUUUUAAUAAUGUUAUCGCUAGAGCUUGGACUCCGAAAUCCACAGCAUGAUCCAGAAUCCAGACUGUCUUGGAUUCCCUUACAUAACAAUCUGAAAUACAAUAACAUGUGUUCAUUACUCUUGAAAAUAGUCUGUAUAUUAUAACGUGUAUUUAAUAUAUGCACACUCAAUGAUCUUGGUGAUUCGAGCAAUCUGAUUGGUUCGCUAUCUCGGAGUAUGACGUUAUAUUCACCGCGCUAGGCGGAGAGUAUAAAGCAAAACGAAAUCGCUGUCGUGAACUGGGUGUUUUGCCAAAGUCUUUGAGUAAGAAUUUUUUGAAAAUAUAAGAAAAUCUUUCUCUUGACGAUUUUGAAGGUAAGAAAAGACUUCAUGGUGGUACAUCAGCGUGAAUUAUUGCGAUGUGAUUUACUCUAGCUGACUUUUUACACACUCGAAUCAAUGUUUUUUUGUUUUAUUUAUUUGAUUUUUUUUUUAUUUGCCACACAAUAAUUACAAAAAAUAAAGAAAAAAAGAGAAGAAAAGAAGUGGCGAGGAGACCUAACAGAAACUAUAGGAGUUGAUGAGAGGUUAGGUCCCCUCGAACUACGGAUUAAAGCUGUUUAAUAUCAAUUAAAGAAAAAAUGGCUAAAAGUCGAAGAUGGAAAGAUUUAUGAACUGUUUUCAUAUUUACUCAAUAAUUUAUAAAUCUUCAGUUUUUCGUAAAAUCGGAAAGGGAUUGAGAGUUGAUGACUUCGUUGUUAAGUGAAUUAAAAAACUUAGGCCCUUGAAAAGGGCGAGAUCUUCUUAGUGUUUGUACGACAAUACGGUAGGCGGUAGGCCUGGGAACUUCUUGUGUUGUAAGAGUGCCUUGAUUGCUUUGGGAGAAAUUGUUAUUAAACCCUGGAGGUUAAACAACAACAACAACAACAACAUCUUUCAUUUAAACAAUGUGGGUUUAAAGCUAAUAUAGCUUAUAGGGCCGUGUAAAAAAUGUUAAUAAAAAUAAAAUGCUAAAAAUUAUUAAAAUUGAACGAAGUCAUGCGAUCAAUAAAAGGUGAAAUAUGUACAAUAAAAGAUAUGAAUAGAAUCAAUAAAAGACGAAAUCACUGUCAAUUUGGGGACGACCCAUUUGCUCUGACUUUUCAUUAAAGUUCAAGUUUCUGAGGGCGGGAGACUUUUUUGCCCUUUUGGUAUAGUCCCUGGCGCUGACAGCGGAUGGUUCUAAAAGAUUCCAAACAAUGGAUCCAUAGGCGUACGGGAAACUUUUUGCCAGGGGGGGCGGUAAACCAUUUGCCCAAAAAAAUCUCGCAAGUUGCCCAAAUUUUUCCGAAAGAAUCGUAAAGAAAUGAGGGCCAUAUGGCAACAACGUAGACCCUCCUGGAAUAUGAAGGUGGCUCGAUAAACAAACGUCGCCAUAAACAAACAUUUGGAAAAAUUGCGACCACAGUUGUAUUAAAAUGAAAAUUUGUCAUCACCAGGGUUGCAAUGACAUCGGAGUUGUCAUAGCAACGAAAUGACUCCCCCCGCUCAUUACCUAUUUUACGUCAGCAAUGAUUCCCAGCACGGGAACCUUACAAAAUCGUUCACAGGAGCUUUUUUCUCCAAUACGGUCGCCUCGAUGUUCGUGAAGUUUAAGCAAAACCUUAAGAGCGUUAUCGAGAUAUUUUGGAAUGAAGUUUUUAUUACAGUAAAAACCCGCAACUAAGAACGUAAAAAUUAAGAACCUGUUAGCCUAAAAUUGGUCAUUUAUACCCCCUAUAAACAAGAACCUAUUUAGCCUUAGAAAUUUAAAACAGGUUCUUAUUUCUAAAAUCAUACUAGUACAUUACAGCUGUAUUGCAAGAAUCAUAUUUGAAGCAAAAAAAGCAGAUCGCCAUUGUCGUAAAAAUGUUUUUUAAGGAAAAAUGAGUGCAAGGUAUGUAGACUUACAAAGCAUACUAAGCAAUAUGUAGCCUCAGCAUACCAUUAUGCAUUGUUUUUUCUCCAGGAUUAAGAACCCAUUUUAAGAACCUAAAUAGCCUAAAAUUCUGUUAACUACCAUUUAUAUAAGAACCCGUUUAGGCUAACUGCUAAAAAUGUAGGUUCUUAGUUGCGAGUUUUUACUGUAUUAGAAAUACGGUAAGAACAGGAAAAUCUUGAUUUUUGGCUGUUAUCUGUAGAAAACGAAGCGCUUUAGACCUGCAAUUUCACCUCAUAGUAGUUUUAAUCUUUUUAAAAACAUGUGUAAAAGAUCGUGGAGAUAGCUCUGCUUGGUUGCUAGAAUCGAAAGAAGGAUUUGAUUAGUAUGUAUCGAGACACUCUUGUUAGCGGUUUUGUAAACAUUUCGGUCUACUUUAACAAAUUAGCGAAUAAUUUUUUAAACCUCUCGAUAAAUUUUUUAAAAGAAUUAAAAUUCUUCUCGUAAUUCAAACUGAGACUAGUCAGCCACUUCUUCAUUUUCAUACCCAUUGGUAAAUGCUAUCUGCCAUAUUUUGUUUUUCGAGUAGAGAUGAUUCUAGAAAGUUAUUCGAAAGUUUAUUUUAAUCAAUUCACGACUGGAAAUAGCCCAUUCCAGCUAGUGCAGUGCAGUAUAGUGCCCAACAAAAAAAUGCUGCAAAUAUGUAAAGUACCGUCACCACAUGCUAGGCAACCACUGUAACGUAACUGGAUUAUUACGCCGACUUCAGGUUAAUAUUCAGGUCUUUAAAAUAAUUAAAUAAACAUGGAGACGUCUUUAAAAACUGGCUUUGCCCAAAUUUUCUCUCGCUGCCCAAAAAAUCUGAGGUGCCCAAAAUUUGGGGGGGCUGCAGCCCCCCUCGCCCCCCCGGCCCGUACGCCUAUGAAUGGAUCCUCUGUAAAAAAUAGAGUUUUUCAUAUAAUAAGUUUCAAAACGUUGUACGCUAACACGAGGUUGAUGACGGAGGUCAUACUUAGGGUGUGUUCCUUUCGGCGAAUCCAAAAACGGAUUUUGGAUCCUAGAUUUGCCAGAUUUCGCGGUCGAAAGGAACGUGAAAUCCGAAAUUGGAUUUGUAACCUUGGUAACCUUUCGCCAACGCGUGCAAUAUGCACAACAGCCUCUCAAGAAAUGACGUGUUUUCUACUGUUUGACAAAUUAUACGAUUAUACAGUGCAGAAUUUAGCGGUCGUCAGUUCGAAUAGCGACGAUGGAACAUAAAACAGACGAAGAAAGAAGCGCAUUAAAACUGAAAAUUUUCUAAAGAAUGUCGGCCAGUUUGAUCCAGUUCCCUAGCUUGAAUUUUUUUAUGUAACACGAUCGAGUGCCUGUCGCGUCUACAAGCGAGUUUGUAGUUAGAUUGCAGUUCGUUUGUUACUUUUACUUAUUUCUGAUUUCAAGCAAUCUUUAGAGACAAAUGGUUAGUAUAUGGAUAUUUUAAUGUACCAGGAACCAUCUUCUAGUGUUUUCAGAUGUUUUGCGGCAAAUGACAGCAACGAGGAAACUCUACGGCCUCUAUGGGAAUACUUCAACUGGAAAUACCGCUGGAUCAUCUGACUAAUUUCGGAUCCACUGUGAAUGGAACAGCGUAGAUCACUAAUCCGUUAAUCUGGAUUUGGAUUCUUCGGAUUUCAAAUCCAAUGAAUCCUUUUUCAAAAAGGAUUCACCAGAUCAAAAAUCCGGAUUUGGAUUUGCCGAAAGGAACGCGAAAUCCGUUCUUAGAUCUAAAAUCCGUUUUUGGAUUCACCGAAAGGAACACACCCUUAGACUCUUUCCUUUGGAUUAUAUGUUCCAAGCAUGAUGGAGUUAUGCGGUUGUAUAUAUUAUAAAUUAAGGUGGCUAUUUUGACCUUAUAAGUGUCGAAUAAAGAGUCCCAGUUAGCUGUUUUUCUUACAUCCUCAGAGGACAUGUCGCGCGGGAGGUUAUAUAUAACUCAAGCAGAUUUACAAUGUAUGGAUUCCAAAGAAUUAAAUUCAUUGUUAUUUGUGUAACACCCCAAAAUUGGUAACGCAUAUGUAACCGAGGGAAAAAUGACUUUAAAAUAUAGAUCUAAAAGCGAAUUCCUAGGUAAAAAGCGGCUGCGUUUGAUUAGAUUGAGCUUGUUAACGAACCCUCUCUUGAGCUCUGAUAUGUGUUUUGUCCACUUAAGCUUGUUGUCAAUGGUUACACCUAACAGCCUAGAACUUGAGGACAAUAUUAAUAUGAGAUGCUGGUUAAUUUUUAACCUGCCUAAGGGACCGAUAAAAUGAUUUCGUUUAAGGAUCAUUCCCUCGCACUUUUUGGGGUGUGGUAUCAGGGAGUUAUGUUUGCACCAGAGGGCGAGUUCUUCUAGAGCUUUGUUCAGCGUUGUUGUGACCUGGUCUACAGAUUCACCAACACAGUACAUGGUAGUAUCAUCAGCAUACAGGAACGUCGUUGCAGUGUUUUACUGCUUUCGGUAGAUUGCUUGUGUACAAGGCGACGAGUAUGGGCCCGAGUACGGAGCCCUGUGGUAUACCGUGUGCAACUUUGGUAUUUCUCAGAGGGUACACCAUUAAUUACAGAAUACUGUUCCCGUUCAGAUAGAUAAUCUCUUAGCAAUGCCAGUAAGUUUCCCGUGAUUCCAAAGUUGUGCUCUAGCUUGUGAAGAAGAAUUGAGUGUGAAAGGCAAUCAAACGCCUUCCGGAAGUCUAUGAAUACGGCGCCCACAACUAAUUUGUUAUCGAUUGCUCGUCGCCAGGUUUCAGUCAGGUGGAUGAGUAAUAGCUCUGUGGAUCUUCCUUUUCGGUAGGCCAAUCGGUUGUCAGUGACGAGCGCUUCGUUUUCCGAGAAAACAUGUUUCGCAAUCAUGUCCGCUACACAUGAUUCUAAAAUCUUGCUGAGUACACUUAGCAAGGAGAGGGGACGAUAAUUACUUACUACCGUAGGAUCAUCUUUUUUGAAUACAGGUGUUAGUCUGGCCACUUUCCAAUUAUUGUAGACUCUACAUUCGCGUAUACUUUGCAUGAAAAGGCUGGUCAGCGGGCCAACAAUAGCAGUACCUGCGAGUUUCAAUAAUUUGGGUGAUAUACCAUCCGGUCCGGUGGCUUUAUUAUUCUUCAAUAAUGUUAUUUUCCUGUCAAUAUCAAGGCUAGAUAGAUUAAUAUCGGAUAUACAUGGUACAGGUUUGGAGCAUGGACUAGUCAAGGGUUGUGGUGCUUGGAGUUGCCCAGCAUUUAAUUUCUCAGCUAUCGUAGAGAAGAAACAGUUCAUAAGGCUCGCCUUCUCCGUGUCUUUUACCGCUAAGCUGUUGUCGUCACGCUUUAAUGGGCCUAUCUUCUUCCUUACUUUGGGGUUGGUAGCUUUGGAUAAUACAUUCCAAUACGCCGAGGUGGUCUUCGCCUUUUUCAGCUGAUCUCUGAAGUAUGCAGCCUUCGCUUUCCAAAGGUCAGAUGUUAUGUAUUUGGAUCCUUAGUUUCAACACCUCUCUUGAAUAACUUAAAUCGGCGAUUCAUUUUCAACCUGAUAGUGGUAUUGAUCCACGGUGACGAUACGCUUCGCACUUUAAUUUCUUUCAGUGGAGCGUGUGAAUCGCAAACGCCGCUGAACAAUUGAUUCCACGCCCAGAGGAUGUCAUCCAUGUCGUCAAACACUGAUGCAAUGUAGAAAGGUGUUUGUUCCAUGUCUGCUUUGAAAUUCUCUGUAUUAAAUUGUUUGAAGACCCUGACUGUAAUGACUGCGGGCGGCGGUCUUUUUCGUUUUAAUCUCAGGGUUGUUGAAAAGAAUGAAUUUCUGCAAGAAUACAUAAAUUGGUCCAGUUGAAGCAAAUGGAUAUCAUUAAAUUUUAGUAUACCGAGGUCCUUAAAGAUGGGGGUUGUAUGAGAAUUGAAAUGUGAUUUAUUAAUAAUUCUAAUAAUGCGCUUUUGCAGGAUAACAAGGCGGCGGAGAUUGGUUUUAUAGGUCGAAGCCCAAACAAUAUUGCAGUAGUAAAAAUAGGGAUAGAUUAUUAAGGAAUAGUAGAGCAUAAGUAGAGACGAUUUAAGAAGAAAGAAGCUGCAUCUAGAUAUUAUACCGAUUGACUUCGCAAUUUUAUUUGCAACGUGUGAUAUUUCCGACUUCCAAUUUAGGUUUUCAUCCAAAAUUACUCCUAGAAAAUUUCUCCUUUACUUCAACAGUAUUUUGAUUAUCUAAUAUACUUAUUUGAAUAUUACAAAUUGAACGCCUUUGUCUUGGUUUAAAGACCAUAAAUUUAGUCUUUUUACGUUUUAGAGAAUGCUUGUGUGCUUUAAACCAGAUUGAAAGUUUGUCCAUCUCCGAGUGUAACAUAACUGAAAGAUAGUUCGGAUCUUUAUGUGACAUGAGUACAUUGGUAUCGUCAGCGAACAAUAUCAGAUUUAAUAGAUUAGAAGCAUUGUUGAUGUCGCUAAUGUACAGUAAGAAAAAUAGAUGUUCGAGGAUAGAACCCUGAGGGACCCCACAAGAGAUUUCAUUUCUUAACGAACAGUGGCCAUUAUAUUCAACGUAUUGCUUUCUGUAUGAAAAGUAACUUCUUAUCCAGUCCAGCGCUAAGCUACGAAUACCGUAAUGUUCGAGUUUAUCAAAAAGGAUGACAUGAUUUACAGUGUCGAAGGCUUUUGAGAGAUCAAGAAAAAUACCAACAGAAAAUUCACCUCUGUCAAAGGCCGUGGAGAUCUUGUCAUGUAAGUCGAUUAGCGCGAGUCAAGAGAGAAUGAUCUAGCUCAUUCUCUCUUGCGCGAGUGCAGUGGAAUGAUUUUUUUUCCUGAAGCCGUAUUGGUUUACUACAGAGGAUGUUGAAAUUGAUCAGGUAUUGCAUUAAACGAUCGUAGAUAACUCUUUCAAAGAAUUUUGAAAAGCUGGAAAGUACCGAGAUAGGUCGGUAGUUGGUGAAAAGCGACUGAUUAUCAGAUUUAGCGACUGAUCAUCAGAUUUUACCAUUACAGAGGAAAACGAAGGCGCUUUGUCACUGUCUUGUGAACUCGGGAUUUCCUUGCAAAAGCAACUUUGCCUUAUAAGUAGAAGUUAGUUUUUAGAAAAAAGGGAAGGCAAAUAUUUUCGGAAAUUAUAUAUGCCAGCAAGUUAACAAUGUAAAGAACACUGCAUAUAAACAACGCUGACAGAAACAAAUAUAGCUCUACGCUUCUACUUAAAAGGGGUAGUAAUUAAAACUUUCAACGUUUUCUUUCAAACUAUUGAUGCUAAAGCUUACAAAAAGAUUAGUAACGUAACUGUGAUAUGCCAUGUUUGAAGAUACUGUAAGCAUAAAGACCUAACUGUCACGCAUCUUCUGUUUACGGCUGUAUGUUCACGCAUGAAUUCACCCGUCAAUCAAACCAAUCGUUUUUAAAUGGUUACCUUUCUGAUUGUGAAGAGAUCGCUUCGUAUGUAUACACUAAAACAAUUGUUCACCUCAGGUUCAGUUCAUAUAGUUGAACAAGACGGCUCUUAAAAAUCGGCGUUUAGUCUCCCUUGCUUAGAGACUAGAUAAGAAAUGAGGAGGUGAUUCCUUUUUCACGAAACUGGAUUUGCUCGCUAAAGGUUUUUCACUUCCUACUUUAUCUUGUCGACGGUCGAGUAUUUCAGGAUUACUUUUUAUAUCGUAUUCGACAGAAUGUUCUGAAUUGAUUUAGUACGCGUGUUACCGACGACCAGAAUUACGUCUACGGUCGCAGGCUAUACGCGUUCCUGAAAAGCCUCUUUGGGGAGGUAACAAUAAAGUAUGUAUGUAUGUAUGUAUAUAUGUAUGUAUGUAUGUAUGUAUGUAUGUAUGUAUGUAUGUAUGUAUGUAUGUAUGUAUGUAUAUAUGUAUGUAUGUAUGUAUGUAUGUAUGUAUGUAUGUAUGUAUAUAUGUAUGUAUGUAUGUAUGUAUGUAUGUGUAUAGUUACACGAAAAUUCAAGGGUUUCGAUUCGAGAGAAAUUUCAUCAUUCCCGAAGAUUAAAAAACGUGAUGAGAACAUGGCGUGUCAUUUUAAUCAUCGCCGAGAAUAAACCGCAUGCUCAUCACAAGACUCAUUUGCAUACAAUGAAAGUUUACAACAAUUCUAAGCGCGAGACUAAUAAUCCCCUCGACUUUGUCUAGGGGGUUAAUCAACAAUAUGAACUUUGCCUUCGGCGAAUAAUUGUUAAAUGUAUUUCUUUCAGAUAUCGCUAAGAUUCAGAGUAUCGUAAUGUGCAAUGGAGUGUAAUGAAAUUUGCUGAAAACAUACUUAUCGAAGCCAAGGUUAUGCCAGUGACGUGUCUCGUGCGCCAUGUUGAUCACGUUUUUGUUUGUUUGUUUUGCUUUUUCAGAUGCUCUCAAUUCCAUUCAAUCCUUACACAUGGGAUGUCACAAGAGAACUAGUGGACUCUGAUAUCUUAGCACUGGACUUGAAAGACGACGAGCGUAAACCGAUCAAAGUAUCAGAACUCCCAAACGACGUCCUGAUUGUUACACCACUGAAACCUCAACAGAUCUCUUUACAAAUCCCGCAGUACUUCACCCAGAAUGAUAAUUUACGAUUUCACCAAAUAGAUGUUAAGUACGAAAACACGUUGAUAAUGGUGGAGAUCGCUCCCACUGAUGAAAGUGUGACCCUUUUUGUUUACAUGCGACAUAGUCAACGGCCAACAACACAAGUGUAUGAUCUCAAUGCCACUAUCUCCAAACAGGAAACUUGCAUUUGGUGGAAUGCGCAGGUAAAAAGCUUUGGAAGAGCAAAGUGUUUUUCCAACAGAUUUGCAACCGUUCCAAUAGAAACAAUUGUCAGGCAACCUGGAAGAUACUUUCUGGGGAUUCAAAGUUAUGACACCAGUGUAACCUCCCUGAAGAGACAAAAGAGAUCAUGUUUCAGAAAUGGACGUCAGAAGCGAUCAUGUGUGCAAGUGAAAGAUCCCCCUCCCACUCCCCCUCAGGGCAAAAAUAUAUCUUUAGUACCCAUGUAUGACCCAACUAUCUCAAGGAACUAUACUAUGAGGGUGGCCUUGGGGAGCUGUGUGUUCUGGUCAGAAGAGCAGGAAAAGUGGAUGACAAAAGGCUGUCAAGUAAGUAAUAACUGAUGACUGAGCUAUUUUUUUGAUUGGUGUUGGACCUAGGGUUGGUUGCUAAGUGUAAAUUGUUAAGCCUCGCAGUAAGCAGUAAGGAGCAAUACAUGCCGCUUUUGCCGUCUCCACUUUCAUCCAUGCCAUCUUUUGGCUCCCUAUGUAUCGUUUGUGGUCUUCUGCAGUUGUAUAAUGUAGUUAUUUUGAUAUUUAUUUUGAUCAGAUGGAAAAUUAUAACAUGCCCUUAAAUUGCACAACCCAUAAAUUAAAAGUUCAUCAAUGAGCCAAUUUUGAUAUAUUAAAAAAAUUCUAACUCUCCCGAGGCUUGAAAGAAUAAUUCAAGAGACAUCGCCUUGAGGUUCAUGGAUGAAUUUUGUUUGUUGUCCAGAUUCUCCAGUCCUCCAAGCCAAGUAUGAAUUUGAAGAUAUUUCGAAAUUGAUCUAUUGACCUAACAUGGAAACUUGGAUUUAAAUUUUUCAUUCUUUAUUCCAUAGGUUUUGUCAGCAACGUUAAAUGGAUUUCUGAACUGUUCAUGUAAUCACCUGACCUCCUUCGGAGGUAGUUUCUUUGUAAGACCCAAUCCCAUCGACUUUGAUCAAGUGCUGGUACAGUUCAAGAGACUUGCAGAUACAGGAAAUGUCGCGGUUAUUGUAACCGUUGCAGUGGUAUUCCUGUGCUACGUUUUUGUGAUUGUUUUUGUCAGAAAAGUGGAUCAGCAAGACACCAGAAAUGUAAGUACUUACUAGGUAACUUAAAUAGCGCAACAACCACUUGGAAAAACAUUGCAGCGGUGUGAAGCUGGAUCUUAGUGUAAACCAGACCGAGCAAUGAAAAAUAUUAAACCAAAGGCAAGACUCAUCGGACUGCUCAAUUAACUAGAGAAUAGAGCACUCGUUCUCCUACAGCUCAUCAAAUCAAAAAGAGAGGUAUCUUUUUAUCACCAUGAAGACGAUUGAAACCUGUAAAAUGAACUGGAAGUAUAGUAUUAUACAAAACUAAUUUUUCCAGUUCUCUUAUUUUUUUUUCAGUGAAGUUUUAGUUCUAUGAUAAUAUAUGAAUGUGCGAUUAUCGAAACACCAUGCUCUAUAAUCAUCUAUAAUGUAAAUUUAUGCGUACUGAAAACGGGGGUGAUGGUGGUGGUAGCGCGGAACCUUUGAUUUAGGCUUCGGCCUCUCAUUUGGCACAACGGAAUCUAAUCAACAGCAGGUACCCAUUCAGAUCUCUGAGGAUGCUUUUAACGGAAACCAAUUUCUUGUUUCUGGCCUUGCAGACAUUCAUAAUGAAAACAAACCAAUACAAAAACAAAAAAUAAAUUAUACAGCGUUCUCAUAUAACGUCACGGUGGCCAUAUUGGUGUUCCAGAACAAUAUAACGGUGGCCAUGUUGGUGUUCCAAACCAAUCCUAUUGGAUUGUGUCAAUAAACACUUUCUUUUGUUACAAUAAUUUGUAUAGAUGCUUCUCACGAGAGUGAAAACGCUUGACACGUACGUGACCAUGAAGGUUUAACAAUCGAGAGAACAAAAAAACACAACACUUUCCUUUUCUUUUUUGCUCCAGAAUGGUUCUCCAAUUGAGCUGCCAACAGGAUCAAACAGUUUGCACGAAUAUGAAAUAACAAUAAUAACAGGAGUCUGGAGGAACUCCGGAACAACAGCUAAAGUUGCUAUAGAGAUAUAUGGCUCCGAAGAAAGCACCGGGAAGGUUCCGCUCAACAACAUGGAGGAUGCCCCGACGGACACACUUUUUUCUAGAGGGAAUACGGACGUUUUUGUUCUUAAAGUUGAAAAACCACUCGGUUAUAUUAAAGGGGUGAGAUUUGGGCAUGACAACUCUGGAAAUAGUCCUUCGUGGUUUCUAGAGGAAAUCAUUGUUCUUGACAAACAAACGCUUUGCUCUUGGACAUUCACGAAUACUCAGUGGCUAGCUCUUGAAAGAGGAGAUGGUAGGAUUGAACGGAUGUUGGAGACAGAACAAAAUAGAACAGACUUCAACAGCGAGGUUUUGAAGCGAUGGUGGAAAGGACUCACAGAAAAACACAUAUGGAUCUCAGUUGUAGCGAAGCCAAGGAGAAAUCGCUUCACACGGGUACAACGGGCGUCAUGCUGUCUUUCACUGCUAUUGACAGCUAUGCUUGCAAACGCCAUGUUUUAUGAACUGGACGGGAAAUCUGAAAAUGUGAUUCAGAUCGGACCUUUGAAAUGUACUUGGAGACAAGUAGUUAUUGGUAUCGAAAGCGCGCUCAUUGUUGCCCCUAUAAACAUUUUGAUUGCAUUCCUGUUUCAAAAAGGGACCGAAAACACCGAGAGUCAGACCCGUGUUAGCUGCAAAGCAAAGUGUCUCCUUUACUUCGCCUGGUUUUUAUUCGUUUGUUCAUGUUCUGUUUCAGCGACGUUUACCAUCUUCUACAGCUUGCUCUGGGGAAAGGAAAUCAGUGAGCAAUGGCUGUCUUCCAUGUUUAUCUCUUUCACCCAAGAUAUGGCCAUUACUCAGCCACUCAAACUGUUCUUUACCGCAAUAGUACUGUCAGCCAUGAUUAUCAGAAAAAAGGGAAAGAAAAAUGGUAACGAAUACGUAAAAGAGGCUAAAACUCGAACUUCAACAAAAGGACAUUUAUGGAAGAUGAAGCUGAAAGAAGUAGAGGAGAUGAGAAGGCGUCAGGCGAAAAAACAAAAUAUAUCUCGGUUCUUUGUGGAACUUUUCAUCUACCUUAUUUUUGUUUUCUUGUUGAUGGUGGUUUGUUAUGGUAGCAGAAAUGAACAUCGAUACAUGAUGACAAAAUCCAUCUCAGAAGGACUGCCAAGAUUUGAAACGGUAAGUGAAAUUUACUCAACAAAAGUGCUGAAGUCUUUUCUCUUUUUCAUGUUUUCCUCUAUGAUUGUUUGCUGGGAAAAGAGUCUUUUCAUUUACACAGAAAACCGGGAUCAUCGUCCACCAGAUCCCUUUAGUUGGGCCUGAGGAAUUACUCCCUGGUUACUAUUUUAGAGCCAAAAAUAUAUGAAAGGGGAAGAAUUUCAGAACUACCACUGGAAUGAUGGCUGAUUCCCCCAAUAUGUAGGAGCCUACUCAAAUCGUUUCUGUGGGGAUAUUAAAAAGUGUAGCGUUUUAGUCUGUAAGUGGUAAGCAAAAGGGAAGGAUUUGGACCUCUGGCGGCUCCGUCAAACACAGUUUAAUACACCACCCCUCCCCCCCCCCCCCCACCUCCUCCUCCUCCUCCUCCUCGCUGGGAAAUAAGGGGCGAUUUUCCCUGCUUCAGCCCUUGCAUAAGAAACAGGAAAAGUAGAUUCUUUUGUUUGCGUAGUUGCUUUGUCUUUGUUGAUGCCUUUAGAGUGUGUGAGUGAACCAAAAAAAGAAUAAUUGAUAUCCCACUACUUCAUUGAUUGAUUGAUUUGUAUUUGCCGUUUUUCUUUCUCGCAGAGUAGACUGAACUCAUUUUUAACAAACUAGUACACGAACCACGACCAUUUUUUGUUCAUUAUUUUCCCUUUGUUGUUUUUGCGAUACCAGGUUUUUAACAGGAAACAGUACUGGAGCUGGGUUAAAAAUGUUUUUUUACCGGGUGUAUUUGCUGGUAGAUGGUACAACGGACGUCCCGAGAAUCAAACCAUGUACAUCGGAAAUAAACGUUCAGUCUUAGUUGGAACGGCUAGAGGAAGGCAACUUAGAGUUCAACCUGGUGAGUCUGGAAAUUUUUUUGAAACUUGAGUAAAAAAAGAAAAUUUCGCGUCAUGUCAUUCUUUUCAAAAUGCUCUCAUAAAGUGCGAAUAAGUGGUCAUUUUCUCCGCAUAUGGUAAAUACUGGUUGUAUAGAAGCAGGCGCAGAAGGAGCGGAAAUGCGACGUAGGCCGUUUUUCCUAAUUUAUUUUUGCAUCACCAUUUUAUGUUCUUGAUGGCAGCUUAACUGUGAAUCUGACACUGCUCUUAGGCAAGAACACAGCAAACGCAGCCACUUACAAAAACAACAACCGCGCUUGUUUAUGUUUGUUCAAAAAUAUAUGUAAAGAAAAAUAAGAGCUUUCUGAUAGUAGAAAAAAUCUAAGCGGAGACGGGCCACGCACUUAAGUAAGAUAUGAAGAAAAUGAAAAACAAAUGUAUGUCCAGUUCCUUACUCCAAUUCUUGUCGAAAUUUUCUACAAUUAUCUGAUAGGCUCCUUUUCUUCUUAACAUCCGCAGAGACUUGUGAUGUUUUGGAUUACAUGAAACAUACGUUUCCUGUUUGCUACGGCGGGUACUCACCCUUAAACGAAGAUAAGACAUCCUUCAACAAGCCAGGGUGGAAGCCUGUCGACAACUCCACGAAUAAAGAUGAACUUUUCCGACUUUGCCCGAUGCCUUGGAGAUACCAAGGUGCCGAAGAUACGGACACGGUGCCUAAGUGGGGACAGUUCUCAUUUUAUCCUGGUGGAGGUUUCGUGGCCGACUUAGGUUAUGAAAACUCGACAGGCUUUACCGUUAUAGAAACACUACAAAACAAUGACUGGCUCGACAGGCGAACCAGAGUCAUUAUAUUAGAAUUUUCCUCUUUCAAUCCAUCUGUUAAUUUACUUUGCAUCGCGACGUAUUUCUCUGAGGUAGAGGCUUCCGGAUACAGUUCUCCGUUCACAAGAACCGAAGUGAUUUCAUUAGACUCAACUGGGGCUGGUUCGCAACAAUUUUACCUCAUCUGUGUUUUAUUCUUUAUCAUAUUUGUUGCGUUUUACGUCGGAAGAGAGUGCUACAAGCUGUACAAACAACGUUCUCGAUAUUUUAAAUCCUUAUGGGGUUGGGUAGAAAUCUUCCAAGUGAUAUUUUCCUUGUCGGCUGUAGUAAUAUACAUCGUGCGAUCCAAAAAGACGACCUCUACGAUUCAGGAGCUUCAGAAAAACAUUUACGCAAACCUCAGUUUUCAAGAAGUCAUCAUUUGGCUUGAAAUAGAGAACGCUGUUCUGGGGAUUUUAACAUUUAUUGUCACUGCCAAACUUCUGAGACUUAUUCGCUUCAAUCAACACGUUGUCGUGUUUUCAAAAACACUGAAGACGUCUGCGCGACUGUUGUCAUCAUUUACCGUUGUUAUGUUGAUCUGCUUUACUGCCUUUCUGCAUUUCGGGGUUUUGAUCUUCGGGACGGGUUCGAGGCAUUACUCGUCGAUACUCAGAGCCAGUUAUUUUCAACUCGAACUGACUCUAGGGCGCGUGAAAGCGAGACCCAUCAAUGAACUGGCAGAUGUCAACGACACUUUUGGAAGAAUUUUUGCCGUCUUACUUCUUUUUACCCUGACGAUAUUGGCCAUGAAUUUUUUUAUUGCUAUUAUGAACGAUGCUCUUAUGAAUGCAAAGGCCUGGGAGAGUAAAAAUGAGCUCUACGACCUUCUGGAUGAAAAUUGGAGUCAAAAGGAAGGAGAGAAUAAACGCAUAUUUGAUGCUAUAAGUGAAAGUAUAAAACUAACGAAAGAAAAUGAAGAAAUAGCGAAGAUGACGAAAACAGAGAAUAGGAAUUGUGGCCAAAAUCCCAACAAAAAGAGGAUGGUCAAUUUUGAUGCAACAAGCAAAGCAAUUAUAGCAUCAAGAGAAGAAAGCGUGGAAAAUUCAACAGAGAAGAAGCUUACUGCCAACAUGAGGAGAAAAUCCUUGUUUGAUAAGAUCAGUGAUUACAUUUGGAAAAAGUUUACGAGUAGCGAAGAACACAAAAUAAAGAAAGAACUAAGAUCGUCACACAGUCAACAGCAUCGCAAAGUACGCUUCUCAGAAGACGUUAUCAAAUGUCAGUUUCAGAAGCUACAAAAACAGAAAAAGUUCCUUUUUCAGCGCUUAGAUAAUAUAAUUCAAGGUUACUCUGAAGAAGACGAAAGUUUCCAGUUGUUAUGUUACGAAGUUGGUUAUUCCUCCAAAGAAUCCACCACAGCCGCUGACCAAGGAACCACGAAUGACUCAUUUGCAUGA